AUGGCAGAUAAAACCGGUUCCAUGAUAGCCUCCGUGUCCGAUCGUCCAGUUCCAAAUCUGACCACUUCCCUGUGGAGGUCCAAUCCUACGGUUCCUGCAGAUGUGGGCAUCGUCACAAGCUCCCAGUCCCAAAUCAAGGACCUGUUUGGGCUAUUCUGCAUGGUGACUCUCAAUCUUAUCGCCUUGUUGGCCAAUACUGGUGUCAUGGUGGCCAUUGCUCGUGCUCCUCACAUGAAAAGGUUUGCGUUUGUGUGCCACCUCUGUGCAGUGGACCUCCUGUGCGCCAUUCUCCUCAUGCCUUUGGGCAUCCUAUCCAGCUCGCCGUUCUUCGGCACGGUGGUGUUCACUGUUCUCGAGUGCCAGGUUUAUAUCUUUCUCAACGUUUUCCUCAUUUGUCUUUCCAUUCUCACCGUCACAGCCAUCAGCUUGGAGCGCUACUUCUACAUCGUUCACCCGAUGCGCUACGAAGUCAAGAUGACUAUCAACCUUGCUAUUGGUGUCAUGCUCCUCAUUUGGGUUAAGUCCAUUCUCCUAGCUCUGGUCACGCUGUUAGGAUGGCCGGCUUAUGGACAUCAGAGCUCCAUUGCCGCAGGUCACUGUUCCCUUCAUGCAAGCCACAGUCACCUGAGAAAAGUGUUCGCUGUGCUCUUCAGUGUGGCUUGCUUUUUAGCUCCUGCGGUAGUUAUCUUUGGUGUUUACUGUGCUGUGUACAAGGUAGCUCGCUCUGCAGCUUUGCAGCAGGUUCCUGCUGUACCAACAUGGAUAAACACAACCCCUGCCAAGAAUCGCUCCGAUUCCAUCAACAGCCAAACCACAAUGAUCACCACCACCUGCACCCUGCCCCAAAGACUAUCUCCAGAGAGGGCCUUCAGUGGAGGGAAGGCUGCACUCACUUUGGCGUUCAUCGUUGGACAGUUCUUGGUUUGCUGGUUGCCCUACUUCAUUUUCCACCUUCAGAUGUCUCUGACCAGUUCCAUGCAAAGCCCUGGGGACUUGGAGGAGGCUGUCACCUGGCUUGCCUACUCGUCCUUCGCAGUCAACCCAUUCUUCUACGGCAUGCUGAACCGACAGAUCAGAGACGAGCUGGUGAAAUUUCGACGUUGUUGCUUGACCCAGCCUGCGGAGGUGGGGGUGUCCAGCCAAGAUGCCUCAUUUCAGGAAAACUUCCUUCAGUUCAUCCAGAGAACCAGCAACAUAGCCGAACGACGCUCGAGCUGCGCUAACUCUAACACCACAAACACGUUGGACCAGCCCAACAUGAUCCCAGGACAAAUACCAGAGCAGCAUGCUUAG